AUGCCUCCAUAUGGCUCAACCCGCAAUUUGACACAUCAGUUUAUACGACUAAGAAAUGAGGCACGCAAGCUUCAGGGUAUUGGAACGGUUGCGCAGAGCGACAAGGCCACGGAGAAGUUGAUUAGUGCGGCGUUGGGGAAUUCAUCCGACGUUGAGGCACCGGGACCUUCUACCAGCUCGUCUGUGGCACCGGUUUGGGUUCAGCAGUCCGAGCGGAUUCGGCAAGAGCUUAAGGUCUUAAAGGAGCGUAUUGCGAAGCUGAGAGAGUACCAUCGUAAAGCCCUUCUUGUCACAUUCGACGGGGAAAAUGAAGCGCAGGUUCACGCGGAGACGCUGACCCGGGAGGUCCAGCAGAGCUUUAAGCGGCUAGACGCAGCGAUCCGCAUUGUUGGCGAAACGACCGGGCCCAACGACGAUGCUGAGAUUCGGAAACAAGUGCAGCAGCAGCUGGCGCAGGCCCUGUUCAAGCUGUCUUUGGAGUUCCGGCGCGAAGAGACGCGCUUCCUGAACAAGGUUGAGGAGCAUAAAGGCAUGGAGAAGGGUUCGUCCAUCGGCGUGAUAGCGGAGGAGGAGGGAACGUGGACUGGUGGCGAGUUGAUGGACCCGGGCUUCACGCAGGCUCAGAUGGCCAUGGUGGACAUUUCAACAAAUUUGGUCAAUGAGCGGGAUACGGAGAUCCGCAAGAUCGUGGAGACGAUUGCGGAGCUGGCACAGAUCAUGAAGGAUCUGGCCACGCUGGUGAUCGAGCAGGGAACCAUGCUGGACCGCAUCGACCAAAACGUUACGCAGACAGCCGUCAAGGUGGAAGAGGGCGUCAAGCAGCUCAAGGCGGCAGAGACGACGCAGAAGCGCGGGCGCAUGUUUAUGUGCAUCAUCGCACUCAUCUGCAUCAUAGUGCUCUUGCUGAUCAUCGUCAUCAUCCGCCACGCAUAACGCCAGGACAGGCCAAGCCAGGCCAGACUAGGCCGCUGCUUGCUUUACAUCCUCGUACAAACCUCGUAAUGGACCUGAUAUGACGGACGGAACGAAAACCUGUUCGUUCGGUUU